UGUUUGGAUUAAUCAGUAAAUAGCAUCUGAUUCAAAUGAUAUGUUUAUUCAGCCUAGCUUCCCCAUUCUGUAUUGUUUCCCUAGUGAUUCUCCUUAAUUGUCUGUUUGUCUUUUCAUUUCUCAUAACUGGGAAUAUUUAGAAACAUGUUUUUGUUCAGUGGAAUAGUCUUUCAGUUGGUUUGUUGUUUAUUACCAAUGCUUCUAAGCCACUUCAAUUAUAUGAUGCUAAGCAGCUUACAGCAUAACAUAGAAUCCACAAAAUACGUUAAGUAAAUCAAACUUUAUCAAUAUUAUGUAACAACAGUAAUAAUAAAUGCAUUAAGUAAAUUAAGAUUCAGUGAAGCCAAAUGCUACAGUAAAAGAAAGUCCAGGAAGAAAUCAAAUGUCUUCCUAUAGAUAGAAAGGUCUUUUUGUAUAGGUUCUCACUGGCCAUAAGGACUUGUGACGCUGAGAGACUGCCAUUUUGGGAGAAAUCAGCAUGAGCUUUGUGAGUAUCAUAUUGGAAAUGGAUCUUGCUGAAGAAGACUACCCCACAGAGAUUCAUGAUUACCUUUCAGCCUUUAAAACGUCUGUUGGCUCAGUAGAUGCAGUGUUGAAGACAAUGAUGUCUAUAUCCAGAAGUGAGCUCCUCCAGAAGCUAGAUCCUCUUGAACAAGCAAAAUUAGAUUUGGUCUCUGCUUACACAUUGAAUUCAAUGUUUUGGGUGUAUCUUGCUACACAAGGAAUAAAUCCAAAGGAGCAUCCAGUCAAACAAGAAUUGGAGAGAAUAAGAACAUACAUGAACAGAGUGAAAGAAAUAGAAGAGAAGAAAAAAGCUGCCAAGCUGGAUAAAGGGGCAGCAUCAAGAUUUCUACGGAAUGCACUGUAUGAACCAAAAGCUCAAAGCAAAUCUGCAAAAAAAAGUCCCAUUCCAGCCAAAAAGAAAAAAACCCACUAGCACAGUGUUUCUCAACCUUGGCAACUUUAAGAUG